AUGCUGCGCCUAACCCAGUUGGUUCUCGCGCUGCUCACCGUGGGUUUGCUGGUGGCUGCAAACGUGGCUGCUGCCCAGACGCCGUGCGGCCCCCGCGUUCGUCGGGCGUACAGCAAGCUCAGCGCCGACGACAGGAUCACACUCAAGUUGGCGUUCGAAAGAGCCAUGCAGUUGGGCCAUCACCAUCGAUUCGUGGCCGUCCACCAGUAUUACCGGAAUGAGUACGAAGCACACAGUUGCAUGCUCGUGUACUGGCAUCGACGCUUCCUCUGGGGCUACGAAAACAUGCUCCGGUCGUUGGGCGAAGAGUUCCAGUGCAUCACACUUCCAUUCUAG